GUGGGACCAACAUUUUUUGUCGGGUGGCAGCCCCUGAAGUAUAAAAACAAGAAUGCGCAAGAAAAUAUUAUAAACAGUUAUUGAAUAUAUUUAAAUUGUAUUUGUUAGCCAAAAUACAGUCAAAACAUGGAAAAACACCAACUGCCGCUGCCAGAAAUGAAUGAUGAUAAGCACCGGCACAAACAGUUCAAUGGACACUUGGACAGCAACCGAUUUCGACCGCCCAAAUACAAGACGCGGUACAUUACCGUUGAGAAUAACAACUUCAAUCGCAGCCAGUCAGUUGGCUCCUUCAGUGCAAACAGUUCCCAAAUUGCGCACGCAAUUUCCUUUCGCAGUGGAUCCGAGUGCCCGGAUGCCGGCACGUUGCCCGUAUCACCAAACGUGACCGCAGCUUCCACGUCCUGCAAUGAAAGUCAUUUUGAGCAGUGUUUUGAGCGUUUGGCAAAGCUGGGCGAAGGCUCCUUUGGUGAGGUAUUCCAGGUGCGAGAUCGUGCCGACAGCCGGCUGUAUGCGGUGAAAAUCUCCAAGCAAUUGUUUCGUGGGGAACAAUAUCGAGCCGAGCGAUUAGAGGAAGUGCGUCGCUAUGAGGAGUUCUCCGGACACGAAAACUGCAUUCGCUUCAUACGUGCCUGGGAGCAGUACGAUCGCCUGUUCAUGCAGAUGGAGCUGUGCCGCGAGAGCCUUGAGCAGUAUUUAUACCGAUGCCGGCAAAUUCCCGAGGAGCGCAUUUGGCACAUUUUGUUGGAUUUGCUGCGUGGCCUUAAGUCACUGCACGAUCGUAAUCUCAUUCAUUUGGAUAUUAAGCUGGAUAAUGUACUAAUUGAUGACGACGAUACGUGCAAGCUGGCUGACUUUGGUUUGGUCAUUGAUGUGGACAAGGCAAACAAUCAUCAGGCAACGGAGGGCGAUUCACGUUACAUGGCUCCCGAGAUACUGCAGGGACAAUUUUCAAAGGCUGCCGAUAUAUUCAGUUUGGGCAUUGCAAUGCUGGAGCUCGCCUGCUACAUGGAGCUGCCCUCGAAUGGACCUCUCUGGCAUGAGCUGCGACAAAGCAAAUUGCCCGAAGAGUUUAUUAAUACUAUCUCUGUGGAGCUGCAGCAGGUCAUCAAGUGCAUGAUGUCACCAGAUCCACGACUAAGACCAACGGCGGACCAGCUCCUAUCGCAUCCAAAACUUUUAAGAAUGCAAAAAGAUGAAAAAUCCAUGGUAACAUUAAAGCUGCUGUCAAAGUGCUUCCGAAGAUCACGCCGUGCUAUCUGGAUGAAAGUGUGCAAUCUCAGAACGGCUGCAUACCGUUCUUUGUUCUACAUAUUGGAAAUCUUGCAUUUGUAUAAGCCUCUGCGGGCAUCGCAUUCCUCUGAGAAUGGAAAUGCUCCAACAGUACCGUCAUCUCCAUCAACAUCCGCUCUUGGUGUGCCUCGAGUGGAAUUCCAAUUGGUGGGAUCAACGCCAAUUGGUAAUCGAAAUUGUUAUGUCUCUGAUUUUGAUUUCUUGUCCGCUAUGGAUAACUUGGAGCUGUCACAGCAGGGCACACCAACGGCCUGUGGCCGAGAGAAUGUGGUCAACUCGACUCCACUAAAUCAUAAUCACAAUAAGUCAACUCGUCAAAGGGGUUCGUGCUCGGCACGCAAGGAACAAGCUGAUAGUAGCAACUAUUUGCCCAUAGACGCCAGUAAUUCGCGUGCCAAUGUUUCCACAUCCAAAGUAUUGGAUACGUCUUCGUUUCGACGUAAAAAAUUAUUUCUUUUGGACAGUGAUGAAGAGUGAGCUCCCAGGAAUUUAUUAUUAUAAAAAAUAUAUAUAUAUAUAUCAGUUACAAACCCAUACAUAUGGCAACAAACUAUAUCGUUAUAUAUUUAGAGUCUAGUUGUAGUUUCUCGAAAAUCCAUAGAAUGUAGGCCUAACGAUUGUAUAAUGUUAAUGCUUCUUUAGAAGAACUUGUUGUUAGAAGACCUUUGUUUUUAUAACGUAAUCCGAAUUAAGAAAGAUAAUACAAUAAGCAUGUGAUAUAUAUACGAAAUGCGAUUUGAAAAAGCCGCAAAAUUAUAAGUAAACUAUCCUUAAUCAAUUAAAUUUGCAAUUUGAAUAAACUUGAGUUGAACAAUAAUAUUCAGCAAUCGAAAUAAAUUAAA